UAGCAGUUGGAAUUUUACAAUAGACGUAGACUAUAUUACAAAGAAAAUUAGUUAUUAAAAAAAAUAUAAUGGUCAAAUGUCGAUAACGUAUAUAUUUUCUUAUUUAUUGCUUUACAAUGUCAUAGCAUUUUCACGAUCUAAGUAUCAUUCGUUUGGAAAAAUUGUUGGAGGUCGGUUCGCAAAGAAAUACGAGUUUCCAUUCGUCGUGAGCAUCCAACUACCGGAGGAAAACCACAUUUGCGGUGGUAUCGUGUUCUCGUUGAUCAUCGUCGUCUCGUCGUGCCAUUGCGCCGGUACUUUCAUCGGUAAAACUUUCACGUACUUCGACUCGCGGAUUAUAGUCAUCGUCGCCGGGAGCGUGGACCGUACGCCGAGCGAGGACAACCAGACGAGGAAGGUCCGGCAAGUAAUACGGCACCCCCGCUGCAGCGAUUCAGGCCAGGGAUGGGAGUACGAUUACAGUCUUUUCAUCCUUAACAGAGCCCUCGCCACGACUCCGGGUUAUAUCAGAACGAUCCCUCUCUACUCGUCGGACAUCGCGAAAAUCGGUGAUUUUCUACUUUCCGUCGAAAAGCACGGCACACCGUGUCAAGCCGUCGGCUGGGGAUAUCAGAACGUAUCCGGCAACGGCAUUUACGUGAAUAAAUCUACGUUGCUGAAAGCCAUCAAGGUGCGUUUAAUAGCGAAGCGGGAAUGCAAGGCCAUCCUGUGCACGGACCCGAGCAAGUACUGCAUACUCGACAAGAGGAACCUAUUGUGCGGGAUCGGCCACGGCGGGGACACGUGCUCCGGAGAUUCAGGAGGACCUUUGAUCUGCCAGGGCUACUUAGCGGGCAUAACGUCGUGGGGCCCCGAAUGCGGUGAAUAUGGAAAGACCCCAACGAUUUAUGCUUCUGUCGACGGCCUGAUGCAAUUUCCGUUUCUCACGUCCGGAACAAUAGUGCGUUCUUUUCGAUUCGGAAACUUUCUGAUCACUCACGCAUUUAUAGUUUAUAUUUUAAUACUAUACAACAAAUAUAACUAUUAAUACUUAGACCAGCUUUUUA